GCUGGUUGGUGGUUUAUGUCUAGCUUUCUGUUGAGGAGUUUUUAACCUGUCUCAUCUCCUCCCCCCUGGUACUGUGGUGUUCUUUGUUCACGCACUUAAUAAAAGGCUGCAAGGCAAUCCUUAUUUUUGGAUUUGUUUGUUUGUCAGUUCACCACGUGGUGCACAAGCCCUCCCCAGCCCUGCUUCACAAUACCUGUGCUUGCACGAACUGCUUUGAAGUUUCAUACGCUUGCAGGCAUGCCAUCUGUACAGAACAAUCCUGCAAUACAGAAACUAAACCAUGCAUGGGAGCCAUGCUGUAUACAGAGCUGAUCCGUCUGUGGGACGAGGCGGCACAGGCAGUGGACUCGCGGGACUGGCAGGGCGCCCUGUCCAAACUGAGCCAGAUCACAGAGCCCACGUCCCGCACGCUGUUUCUGAGCGCCUCCGUCUACCUGGCCCUGGGCCAACUGGAACCCGCGAUCCGCGCUCUGGACCAGGUCAUCGCCAAGGAUGAGCGCCUGGCCGUGGGGUUCUUCCAGAGAUCUGCUGCACACAUGAUGGCAAGCAGGCUGGAGGAGGCUAUGAGUGACUGUAUCUGGGCUCAGAAGCAUAUGAGAGGCAACUCUGUCAUUGACUACAGGCAGCUGGGCCUGCGCUUCAAACUUCACAGCUGGCAGGUGAUAUAUAAUGCAGCAGCUGUCCACUGCAGAAUGGGCCUAUGGGAGAAAGCCUGGGACAUGCUGGCCACCCUCUCCCAGGAGAAAGGAGGAGGACGUGCAGAGAAGUUAGAGGCGGCUAUGGAGAGUGUUGCUAGGGAAGAGUUGUUGACCCCUCUCCUAGUACCUGAGGGGGAGGUGUUUCGGCCCAGGAAACAGGAUGUAGAACAACUGCAGGAGAGGGACUUCUUGGGCAAAGCCAAGGUCAUUUCCUCCAUGAUCCCCAAUGAUGACUUUGGAGGCUUUGAACCACUCAGGUUGCAGAAACCAGGGUACUACGAGCCCAAGGGGGAGGGUGAACAGGAGUCGCGGUACAUGCGUCUUCGCGGUUCGUACAUGGCCCGAGGUCCUGGCGAGCUGACUGUGCCUGCAGGGGCCGUUGUGUUCAUGUUCAGCGAUGGCGGCAUGGAGGGUCUCGCCACGAUCAUCUAUGAUGGAAAGAGAGGCCUGGUCCCUAUGUCCAUCCUGGAACCUGUGGAUGUCACCAAAUUCCAAAGGAAAAAGGAAUUCAGGAGUAUUCCCAAUGGGAUCCCACUGCCGCCAGGCCUAAAGCCUCCCACUCGCCCAGAGACACGACCCAGUCUGCCUGCACCACAGCUGGCAACUGGUAACCGUGGGUCUCCACCUACCCCACCGCCCCAGUAUGCUUCUGUUGUUGACAGUCCCACUAAACGGGGUUGCCAAUUGCUUACCUCCAUCUCAGAAGAAGCUCACCUGGAUGAAUAUAGGCCCAGCUCAUCACAAACAGAGGAGGGAGGGUCUAUUGUGGUGAAGGUGCACUACAAAUACACUUUGGCUCUGAAUGUCCCAGUGGGGAUGCCGUACAGUGAAUUGCAAGAGAAAAUUGCUCGCAAAGUGGGGCAGCCGGCCACAAACCUGCGCCUCAGACAGAGACAGCAUGGCUCCCUGGUCUUGAAACCCCUGGAUGGGGAUGCUGGGCUCGGUGCAGUGUUGCAGGAAGCGGCUGGGUCUGGCCGGGCCGUGCUGUGGUGUCAGCCUGAAAACCCCCUCCAAGGAAGGACUAUUCUCUACCAGAUGGUGGCGCAGUACAAUUAUUCUGCACAAGGACCAGAGGACUUGGAGUUUAACGAAGGAGACACCAUAGAUAUCUUGUCAGAAGUCAACGAGGAGUGGCUAGAGGGCCAUACUGCUGGCCAUAUUGGGAUCUUCCCCAGAUGUUUUGCUAGCCAGGAGGACACGGACCAUGACACUGAGGGCGCCAAGAUGCUCGCAACAAACCAAUAGGAAACACCUAUGAUGGACACAAAAUUAAUGUUACCAUCCUUACCAUGUGACACCCCUUGAACUCUGCCCCCUUAUAAAAACUUUCCAUAUUCAUCAGUUGCAGUACUGACAAAGCUGUUGUGAUCAACUCCUUCAGAAAAUUGUUCACUAACCCAUGGCUAUAGGGUAUGGCAAGGGUAUUGUUUACACUGGAGAGCCUGUUCUAUUUGACAUUUUACUUCAGGGAGAUGGACAAGCCAAGUUCUAGAUUUUCUCAUUUUCCUUUGCUGUGUCCCAUUCAACAAUUGUUUCUUUUUAUGUUCAGUUGCAAUAGUGCCUCUAUGAACUGUGCAUUCUACUGUGACCACUUCUUGAAAAUAAACGUGUAGGUACAAUCAUAAUGGUAUAGCCAAGUAGCACACAUAACAGAUUCUUUUUUAAGUGAUUAUUUGCCUGUCUGUUUGGAGCCUUACUUGUUGAUUCUGUCAUACCUAGCACCAUAAUACAAUAAAGAGAAUCUAAAUGUCAA